AUGGUGAAGGAGGGGAGAGGAUCCGUCGGCUGGUUUCUGCAGUGUGGCGGAGUGCCGCAGGAGAGCAGGAUGCCUGCUGGGUCAGGAGGCUGCAGGACCAGUGCAGUGGCGGCUUCGGCGGCCCCAGGCAGGGCUCAUCAGUCUGGGCUGCGGACGAUGCUGGCGUGGGGCGUCCUGGUGCUGGUGGCAGGACGGGGGGGCGUGGAGGCGUGCCCGGCUCCCUGCAGCUGCCUGGGGAACACCGUGGACUGCCACGGCCUGGGGAUCCACUCCAUACCCAGAAACAUCCCCAGAGGGACUGAGAGGCUCGACCUGAACGGAAACAACCUGACCGUCAUCACCAAGGCCGACUUCUCUGGUCUCAAACACCUCAGAGUCCUCCAUCUGAUGGAGAACCAGAUCAGUAACGUGGAGAGAGGAGCCUUUGAUGAGCUGAAGGAGCUGGAGAGACUUCGCCUCAACAAGAACCACCUCAGCCAACUCCCAGAGCUGCUGUUUCAGAAGAACGAAGGCCUGUCUCGACUGGACCUGAGUGAAAACGGCAUCCAGGCAAUCCCAAGGAGAGCCUUCAGAGGAGCCACGGACCUCAAAAACCUUCAGCUGGAUAAAAACCACAUCAGCUGCAUCGAGGAGGGAGCGUUUAGAGCUCUGCGAUCCCUGGAAGUACUCACGCUGAACAACAACAACAUCAGCACCAUCCCGGUCUCCAGUUUCAACCACAUGCCGAAGCUCCGGACCUUCCGUCUCCACUCUAACUCUCUGCGUUGUGACUGUCACCUGGCCUGGUUGUCUCCAUGGUUGCGGCAGCGGGCGGCUUUGGGCCUCUACACUCAGUGCAGCUCCCCUCCCACGCUGAGGGGCCUCAACCUCGCCGAGCUGCGCAAGAGCGACUUCGCCUGCUCAGGCCAAGGCGGCAGUGCCUUCGUCCAGCCGUGCAGCCUGGCGUCCGGCUCCUGUCCUCCCAUGUGCUCCUGCAGCAACAACAUCGUGGACUGUCGGGGGAGGGGCCUAACCGCCAUCCCCGCCCACCUGCCCGAGGCCAUGACUGAGAUUCGUUUGGAGCAGAAUGGCAUCAAGUCGGUUCCUCCGGGCGCCUUCACCUCCUACAAGAAGCUCCGUCGAAUAGAUCUGAGUAACAACCAGAUAUCUGAGAUCGCUCCUGAUGCUUUCCACGGCCUCCGAGCUCUCAACUCACUGGUUCUGUACGGUAAUAAGAUCACCGAGCUGCCCGGCGGAGUGUUUGAUGGCCUGGCCUCUCUGGAGCUGCUGUUGCUGAAUGCCAAUAAGAUCCACUGCAUCCGAGCGUCCGUGUUCAAAGAUCUGGAGAACUUGGCUCUGCUGUCGCUUUAUGACAACAAAAUCCAGAGUCUUGCUAAAGGCACCUUCAGCUCUCUGCACAGCAUCCAGACACUCCACCUGGCCCAGAACCCCUUCGUGUGUGACUGUAAUGUGAAGUGGCUGGCCGACUUCCUGCGUUCGAACCCCAUAGAGACCAGCGGAGCACGCUGCGCCAGCCCUCGCCGCCUCGCCAACAAACGCAUCGCACAGAUCAAGAGCAGCAAGUUCCGCUGCUCCGCCAAGGAGCAGUACCACAUCCCAGGUACUGAAGACCGGCGUCUGAGCUACGAGUGUAACAGUAAGCCGGUGUGUCCCGCUAAGUGUCGCUGUGAGGCCAACGUGGUCGACUGCUCCAACCUCCGCCUCACCAAGUUCCCCGAACACCUGCCCUCCUCCACCGAAGAGCUGCGUCUCAACAACAACGACCUCUCCGUGCUGGAGGCCACCGGAGCCUUCAAGGGCCUGUCGCAGCUCAAGAAAAUUAACUUGAGCAACAACAAGAUCUCAGAGAUCGAGGACGGGGCCUUUGACGGCGCCUCCUCAGCGAUGGAGCUUCACCUGACAGCCAACCACCUGGAGUCUGUGAGAGGAAGCAUGUUUAAAGGCAUGGAGGGGCUACGCAUGCUGAUGCUGAGGAACAACAAGAUCAGCUGCAUCCACAACGGCAGCUUCACGGGUCUGAGCAACGUCAGGCUGCUCUCCCUCUACGACAACCAGCUGAGCACCAUCCUACCCGGAGCCUUCGACACGCUGCCCAACCUGUCCACGCUGAAUCUUCUGGCCAACCCGUUUAACUGUGACUGCCGUCUCUCCUGGUUCGGGGCAUGGCUUCGGAGCCGGCGGAUCGUGACGGGGAAUCCUCGCUGCCAAGGCCCCGCCUUCCUCCGAGAGAUCCCUCUGCAGGACGUGGCCGUACCAGACUUCCGCUGCGAUGAUGGUUCUGUCCUGGAGGACAGCAGCUGUGGUCCGGGGCCGCAGUGUCCCAGUCAGUGCACCUGUAUGGACACAGUGGUCCGCUGCAGCAACAAACACCUGCAGGCUCUGCCCAGAGGACUCCCCCGCAACGUCACCGAGCUGUAUCUGGAUGGAAACCAGUUCACCAGUGUUCCUAAGGAGUUGGCCACUUUCAAAUACCUGCAGCUUGUAGAUCUGAGCAACAAUAAAAUCAGCUCCCUGUCGGAUGACUCCUUCUCCAACAUGAGCCAGCUCACCACUCUGAUCCUCAGCUACAACUCUCUACGCUGCAUCCCUCCUCUGGCGCUGGGUGGCCUGCGAUCUCUGAGGCUGCUCUCUCUCCAUGGCAACGACAUCUCCGAGCUGCAGCGGGGGAUCUUCAGCGACGUGGCCUCCCUGUCUCACCUAGCGAUCGGAGCGAACCCUCUGUACUGUGACUGCCGUCUGCUGUGGCUGUCGGACUGGGUGAAGAGCGGCUACAAGGAGCCCGGCAUCGCCCGCUGUGCCGGGCCGCGCGGGAUGGAGGGCAAGCUGCUGCUCACCACUCCGGCCGACCUCUUCCAGUGUCAGGGUCCGGUAGAGGCGUCUGUUCAGGCCAAAUGUAGCCCAUGUGUGACCUCUCCCUGCCAGAACCAGGGAGUCUGUGAAGUCCACCCCACGGAGCUGUACACCUGUACCUGCAAGUCUGGCUUCACGGGUAAACACUGCGAGACUCCAGUCGAUGCUUGUGUCAGUAAUCCCUGCACCAACGGAGGAAUCUGCAUCAGUGACGAACAGACGAGAGGAUUCAGCUGUGCGUGUGCGUUUGGUUUCCACGGAACCUUCUGCGAGGUGAACGUGGACGACUGUCAGGACCACGGCUGUGAGAACGGCGCCACCUGUGCGGACGACGUGGGCAACUACACCUGCUUGUGUCCUCCGAACUACACAGGUCUGCUGUGUGAGGAAGAGGAGGGUGUGUGUUCUCCAGGUAGAAACCCAUGUCAGCAUCAGUCCACCUGCAUCAGCAGUCCUAGUGGUUCAAGAUGUGUGUGUAUUCCAGGCUGGGUGGGGCCAGACUGCGGUAUAGAUUAUAAUGAAUGCGUGGAUCAUCGCUGUCAGAACGGAGCUCAGUGUGUCGACCAUCUGGACGGCUACAGCUGCGUCUGUCCGCAGGGAUACAGUGGUGAGUUUUGCGAGGUGGCCCUUCCUCCCCCGUCCCUCUGCCAGCCGACUCCGUGUCAGAACGGCGCCCCCUGCGUGGAGGAAGCAGGCGCCGCGGUCUGCCAGUGUCUGCCCGGCUUCGAGGGUCAGAGCUGUGAGAAGCUGGUCAGCGUCAACUUCGUGGACCGGGACUCUUACGUUCAGCUCCAAGACGUCAAGAACUGGCCUCAAGCCAACAUCACUCUACAGGUGUCAACAGCAGAGGACAACGGCAUCUUGCUCUAUAACGGAGACAACGAGCCAAUCGCUGUGGAGCUCCAUCAGGGUCAUGUCAGGGUCACAUACGACCCCGGUAACCAGCCUGCCACCACCAUCUACAGCACUGAGACGGUGAACGACGGGCAGUUUCACACGGUGGAGCUGGUGACCUUCAAUCGGAUGGUGAACCUGUCUGUGGACGGAGGAGAGCCGACGACCCUGGACAGUCAGGGCCGCAGCCAGCCGGUGACGGGGGAUACACCGCUCUACGUCGGAGGAAUGCCCGAGGCGGCGAUGGACUCCUCUCUGGGUUUCUCCUCUCACACCCUCAACGUGUCCAGUUUCCACGGCUGCAUCAGGAACCUCUACAUCAACCACGAGCUGCAGGACUUCACCCGCGGCCACAUGAAGCCGGGGGUGGUGCCGGGCUGCCAGGCCUGCAGGAAACUCUACUGUCUGCACGGCAUCUGCCAGCCCAACGCCGCUCAGGGUCCCCAGUGUCACUGCCAGUCCGGUUGGACGGGACAACACUGUGACCAGCCAAUAACAGCAGGCCUGACCGAAGCAGAUGUCGUCACCACGGCAACGGGUGUCAACCCAUGUGAAAACAGCAAGUGUGUGAAGGGCGUGUGCGUGGCGCUGGAUGCGCAGACGUACCGCUGCGACUGCGAGGACGGACACCGCGGCGCCCUGUGCAACCUGCAGGAGGAGCCGGAGAGCUCCUGCCAGGGGGUCCGGUGUCUGCAUGGUCAGUGUCAGGAGACGGAGGACGGAGAACGCUGCCUCUGUGAGCAGGGAUACACCGGAGAGAGCUGUGACAUAGAGUCCCCGUGUACCGGUGAGCCGGUGAGAGACUACCACCGCCUGCAGCACGGGACCGUCCUCUGCCAGACGUCCAAACCUUUCUCCUGGGUCGAAUGUCGGGGUCAAUGCCAGGCGGGAGCCAAAACGGGCGCCGACUCCACCGCCACCACCGCCGCCGCUUCCUGCUGCUCCCCUCUGAGGGUUCGACGCCGGCGGCUCACCUUCGAAUGCGACGACGGGACCUCGUUCACGCAGGACGUGGAGAAGCCUGUGGAGUGUGGCUGCAAGGAGUGUGUGUAG